GUAAUUAUAAUAUUUUUAAUUUAUUUGGUUUUGUCUGUUUAUGGAAUUGCUACAAUGCAACAGGGAUUGGAUUAUGAAAAAUUGUUGAUUAAAUCUGAUCCACUGAUGCGUACAAUGAAAAUGGAAAUUGAUCUCUUUCACGGCGGCGAUCAGAUAGAAAUUGCAAUAGUUCGGGCACCAAAUAUGAGCUUAAAAAUAGAGAGGGAACGAAUAAAUAAAUUAGUUGAAGAAUUCGAAAAUAUUCCUUAUUGUAUAGGCAAAAAUGGGACAGAAUUUUGGUUGAGAGAAUAUAUUAAAUAUGCCGAUCAGACCGGGUCUUUUUUAAUUGAAAAUGAUAAUUGGUCGUGGAAUAGGGGUGUUUAUGAAUGGUCGAGACUGUUUGCUUUUUAUAAGUUGUGGUAA